CGCUUGCUUGCAUGUUGCAUCAUCCUAUCCUCUAGUAGUCUAGCCUCUCUUAUCUUCAACUUCUCCAAUGGUUCACUAAAUCUGGGAAUCCACUUCCAUGGCUUCCUCAGCACUUUCUCUCUCCUUCUCUCAUUCUCACUCCGUCGUCGGCGUUUCAUCUCUCUCUACUUCCGCCACCUCCACAUCUUCAGCACCAUCACUGAGUUACUGCGGAAGAGGUCAUAAUAAGAUCGUUGAAGGCAAACGCUUUAAUCACUCCUUCGGAAAUGUGCAGAACUCAGGAUUCUCCAUUAAAUCUCUAGUUCCAACGUUUGACCAUGUUUCAACUCCCCUAUUCCUGAUUAAAUCAAGGCAAACUAUAAGAUUGAACAGAAGGCACUCACAUCUAUUAGUUGCAGAGAGUGAUCGUGUAAUUACGGAUCGUGGUGAAAGUUCUAUAUCAGAAUCGGUUUCUGCUUCUGAGGAAUCUUCUCUUAAACCUAAUCAACUAGAAACAAGUGUUGCCAAUGACUCAAACCAGGAAAAUAAGAUACCUGUCUCAUCAUCUAUUGAUGACAGUAAAAGAGGAAUGCAGAAGAAGGCGCCACUAACUGCUAGAGAGAGAUUAAGGGCAGCUAGGGUUCUAAGCCGUUACUCGGAUUCCAAGCCUGCUAAAUCAGACAUUGGCCGAAGCGUAUUAGAUGCUUUGAGAGAGAGUGAGAAGGGAAAGAAGGGUCUUCCACAAGCUCCUACUAACUUGUUUGAUGACAGUAAAAGAGGAAUGCCGAAAAAAGGCCUGACGUUCGACUUCCCUGGAGGUUCUGAUUUAUUUGUGAUCGCUUUCUCUUUUGUUUUUAUUAGCACAGUUAUGUUUGCAACAACUUAUUUUGUUUGGAAAGUUGGCGCUAUCCAUUUCAAUGAGCUUUGAUAGGCUAAAUGAUCUUCAAGGAGAAUAUAGUAGAAGUGUUAUUGGCUCCUGAAUGUUUGAUUGUAUAUUGCGAAUGCCAAAAUCAUAGUCAAAUGUGCCCUUUUUUUUUAACAUUGAGAUUUUGAUGUAUAUGAUUCUGUAAUGAAUAAACAGCAUAUAAUGUGUAUUAUAGUUUGCACAUAUAUAAUAUAAUACCACAGUUUGAGGUAUUAUUAUUCUCUA